GAACAAGGGAGCGAGAGAGGGAGGUGGGCGGGCUGAGGAGAAGGCGAGGAAGGUGGCGGCGGGUCUGAGGCCGAGAGCGAGAGACGCAAACAACUUUUUCGUAGCGAGUUGCAGGCACCGGCCCGUCGUGCAUGAACUGUAACCUGACACUGGAGCGAAGAGAAAGGGAGCGAAGCAGCGGAGGAGGAGGAGAAGGAGAAGAAGAAGCGGAGAAGAGGAAGCCCCGCCAAGGAGCCGCCGAGGGGGAUGGUGGUUGCCGCCUCCGCCUCCUCCAGCCGCUCCUAGGGGCGUCCGGCACCCGGGCGAAGCCGGCAAUGGGCAGGAGGGAAGCCGCCUGAGCCUCCGGCGAACUUUUCCCCCACCUUCACGCCGGGCAGUCGGAGCGGAGCAGGCGGAUGGAGGAUGCGCUCUGCCCGGCGGGCUGUCUGAGCAGGAGGCGGCGGCGAAGGAAGCGACGGGGGCGCCGACGACGAUGAAGAAGCUGCUGCUUGCGCCGCCGUUGCCUCUGCCUCCGCCGCGCUACAGCGCGGGUUUCCCGGAGCCCCGUCCUCAUGUGGCCCCGCCGCCCACCGCGGGGGCUCCCGGGCAGGGAGCGGGCUGGCGGCGGAGGAGGCCCCUCUCGCUGCUGCCCUUCCUCUCCCUGCGCGACUACGGCUUCUGCAUGGCCGCCUUGCUGCUCUUCUGCCUGGGCUCCCUCUUCUACCAGCUCAACGGGGGCGCCCCUCGCUUUCUGCUGGACCUGAGGCACUAUCUGGGAAAUUCCACUUACUUGGAUGACCAUGGGCCACCCCCUCGUAAGGUACUUCCAUUCCCUAGCCAAGUGGUGUAUAACAGGGUUGGAAAGUGUGGGAGUCGAACUGUGGUUUUGCUGUUGCGAAUUCUGUCUGAGAGACAUGGGUUCAACUUGGUUACAUCAGAUAUUCAUAAUAAAACCAGGCUGACCAAGAAUGAACAGAUGGAAUUGAUUAAAAAUAUAAGCACUGCUGAACAGCCCUAUUUAUUCACUAGACAUGUUCACUUCCUCAAUUUCUCAAGGUUUGGAGGAGACCAGCCAGUAUACAUCAAUAUUAUUAGAGAUCCCAUCAACCGUUUUUUAUCCAACUACUUUUUCCGCCGCUUUGGAGAUUGGAGAGGGGAGCAGAACCACAUGAUCCGCACCCCAAGCAUGAGACAAGAAGAGAGAUACUUAGAUAUUAACGUAUGCAUUCUUGAGAACUACCCUGAAUGUUCCAAUCCCAGGUUAUUUUAUAUUAUUCCAUAUUUUUGUGGACAGCAUCCAAGAUGCAGGGAGCCUGGGGAAUGGGCCCUUGAAAGAGCAAAAGUGAAUGUGAAUGAAAAUUUCCUACUUGUGGGGAUUCUGGAGGAAUUGGAGGAUGUGCUGCUUUUACUAGAAAGAUUUUUACCUCAUUAUUUCAAGGAUGUGCUCAAUAUCUACAAAAACCCAGAACAUAGGAAACUCGGCAAUCUAACUGUGACAGUGAAAAAGACAGUCCCUUCUCCAGAAUCCCUUCAGAUCCUGUACCAGCGCAUGAGAUAUGAAUAUGAGUUUUACUACUACAUCAAAGAGCAGUUUCAUCUAUUAAAGCGCAAGUUUGGACUACGAUCUUCAAAUAGUAACUCUUCUCCUAGACCAGAAUUUGUCAUUCCUUCUCCUUUGGAAACUGAAGAGCCAGUAACAGAAGAUGAGGAGCAAGAUGAUGAAAAGUGGUUGGAAGAUAUCUAUAGAAGGUGAUGCAAGCAUGACCUUCUCUACUGGCUGAACCACCCAGAUUUUUCAUAAACUAUUAAGAAAAAUCCUUAAGGAAGUGAGAUACUGCACAACAGCAUUUAAAAGACAUUUCCCCCAGGAUGAACUGAUUGUGAGACCUUUUUUUUGAGAGGGUCUAUUUCUUUAAAUUUAUAUUUGUUUCCCUUGGCUCCACAGGAUCAUAGUAGCUAGGACAUACUUUUAAAUGUGCCAUUUCAUUACAGAUUACAUUGUCACUGUAAAAUAUUGCUAUAUUUGGUACCUAUUUGGCAGAGUGAUGUAGAUCACAGCAUAGGUCAUCUGUAGUUUUCUCAAAACCUGUUUUUCUUUGUUAGUAUUUAUACCAAAUAUUUUACAGUCACAUUUGAUCACUUGGAAUUAAGAGCAGGGUAUUGGAGGUUUGUAUUAUCAUCUGAACAGGGAAUACUCUUGUGCUAAAAGAAGAAAGAAAUGCAUUGCCGCUACACUAACUAGGGAUACUAUUUAGGCUAUGCUUUCCCCCAUAGAAAUUAAUAAGGGCAUUGUUGACAAACCAAGUAGAAUUGCAGGG